UUUCCACCUGAGGAAUCAGAGACACUUCCAACAACAGAGUCCUGUAGUGAUGAAGUGUAACCAUCUCCUGUCUUGGGCCUUUUUGCUCGUGGCCUCCGGUCCACUGCUGGCCCACCCCAUCACAGAAUCUGCGGAGAUGCCCUAUCCAGGACCCGAAUCAGUCGAGGACGGAGGAGUCGGCGCUCUCGAUGAUCAGUCUCUUUCCGAGCAAACCUUCCCUUCCCGGGAUGGUGCUGGUCUCAGAUAUUCCACUCUGAUAUCUGGGGAGUACACCAAAGACGGUGUCAGAGCAGGCCUGCUUCCCAGGGGGAUGACAAGAGAGGUCCUAUUGGAGAAACAAAGUCUCCUAAAUCCUUUCAGCCGUGUGUUGGGCAUCCGGAAACAGUUCAGGAAGCGAGCGGGGAAUUCUGAGUGUUUCUGGAAGUACUGUGUCUAAAACAGUCUACGUUAUGCGACACACGAGAGGCGGGGCUUGCAC